AGAACUUUGGACGAGGAUUCGCUUUCGGAGCCCGAUUACGUUCUGGAUUACAUUGGCUGGCAUUUCUCUAGACCCCUUGGGAUUAUCUUUGAAUGCGACAGCAGCCCAGGUAGGAGCGCCAGUUCCACCGCGAUGGCUCCCAACCCCCCCUACAUGUCCUCGCUCUUCGAGCCAACUUCCGCACCCCCCGAGCCCGGGCAUCCGCAAUUCCAGCAAUCACAACCUCAACACCCCGGCAUUUCACAACAGCAGCAACAACAACAAGCUGCUCAGCCUCAGCAAAGUCAACCGCGGCAGAAGCAGCCACGCAAACCCCGCCAGCCAAGAAAACAAACUCAACAGCAACAGCAACAACAGCAACAACAACAACAACAACAACAACAGCAGCAACAACAACAACAACAGCAGCAGGUCCAACAACAACAACAGCAACAACAACAACAGGUGGCCGCUCAGCAGCAACCCCUGGUUUCAAUUGACGCCCAACGGUUUGCUCAACUUCAAGCCGAGGUUGGUCAACUUCACCAGCUGGUCCAAGGUAUCAUCCAUCGUCUCGAUGCCUACGGUGUCCCAUCCCUGCCUGGCGGACAUCAUGCACCCCUUCUUCUUCCGCAACAGCACGCCCCAGUCUCGGCUGCUGCGACUUCCACCCUAGUGGCCACAUCUGCAAACGCGGGAACCAACAACAUCAACUUCAAUGCGCUUCUCACAGCCGGUCAAUCCCAUGAUGGCGGCGGCAGCGGUGGUGGUGUCGGUGGUGGUGAAAGUAGCGUAAGCGGCCUCGUCAACGGCGACCAUGGUCAUCAUCACGAUGACGGCUCCGCUGCCAACGUCGGCAUCACCCACCACCAAGACGCCGGCGGCGGCGGCGGCGGCAUGGACCACGACGUGGAUGACGAUGACGACGACGAAGAGUCGCGCCAACUCCAGCUCCUCUCGGCAAACCUAGUAGGCGACCAGUCCCUCCCCUCCGUCUCCUGGGGGGUCGGGGACAACAAUAACAACGGCGGUUCCGGACCAGGCGCAGCAGGAGCAGCAGGGUUCGACAUGGCCUACCCACCUCAGGGGCACAUCUUCCACAUCCAACUCUCCACCUCGGCGGGUGGCAAGAACUACGUCGGCGGCGGUCCCAACGGGGCCUCAGUCGUGGUGAACAAUUGGACGCGCCAGCACGGAUACCGCGUUAUUACUCGUCGGUCCAAGAUCAAGAAUGACCGGUAUCACUUAACCAUGUCAUGUGCGCUCAGCGGAAACAAGUACCGACCUGUUCCGGGCCCGACGCAGGAGCAGAUUGAGGAGGCGAGACGCAACGGGCAGAGGAAGCCGUACCAGAGAAGAAUCGGGACGGAUAAGUGUAAUUGUCCGUUUAGGUUCGUGCUGAGGGAGACGGCCAAGCAUAGCUCGACGUUUGAGGUGAGGUGGACCAUGGUGGGGCCGGAUCAGCAGCCGGCGAUGCAUAAUCAUGGGCCGGAUCCGAAGGCUUUGCUGGGGGAUGAGUAGUACACUACUCGCGUUUGGGCUUCGAAGAAGUGGGGAGUUCAACUGGGCCUCGAUCGAGUGAGAAAUUACGACGACGGAGAGGAGGCUGAGAUGAGCAAUGGAGGAGUUGAGGAUCCCGAGGAAUGAAAGAGUUGAAGGCCGAGAGCGAGCGGAUGAUACAGUAGACUGCAAAAUGCUAAAGGCAGUCUCAUACAUGUUGGCCAGCGUCGGUUGUUGGCUCUCCCUUCUUCGGAGGACCUGGGUCAUAUACUAUACGACGAUGGAACCCAGUUGUGUCUGGACUGGUUAUCAUCGAAGAGGUCUAUGUACGGGCACAUUCAUACGUUUCCUUUGUUUACUUUCUUGUUUCUCAAUGUGUGUUUUACUUGUAGUGUUUAAUGUGUAUGUUUUCCGGGUCAACAACUUAUCCAACGCAGAAGAGGAUAUCAACACAUUCCUGGACUAUCUCGACUGAGCAAGCUUACUCUAUAGCUGCGUAGUGAACUACACGUGAUUGGUCUACUUAUAGGGCGGAGGAUGUGGUUUUUGCGAAGCCGCUGAAGGGUGUUGGGUUUGUUGGGCCUGCUGGGAAGUGAGUAAAGUGUGAUGUGUUGGGAAAAUAUCAAUCAAGAUAGAGGUAAGGUCUUUACGUAGAGAGCUGACGAGAAGUGUGGCCGUGGCGAGUGAGUGUUGAGAGGAGGAAAGUUGAGAUGAUGGAACUACCUUAUAGAGGUAAACAGGAGAUAAGGUCUCUACCAUGGCUCUUUCCUCACGUGUUUUUUUUUUCUUUUUUUUUUUCUUUUUGAGAGUACGAGUCCUGCCUAUCACUUUCCUUCUCUUGUCAACAUGAGCGUUUCUUGACUGGCAUUGCACUCGAGGUUGAGGAUUUUGGGUACAGUACCAGGUUCUGGCUCUCAUUUGCAAUAUUUUCAAGGCCAACACUCAGGUUUUGUCGGCAAACGCCUUCAAUGACCACAGCGGUGGCAACGUUUUU